GCCGCCGUCGCCGUCAUGCUGGGCGCCGCUCUCCGCCGCUGCGCUGGGGCCGCAACCACCUGGGCCGGCCCUCGAGGCCUCCUGCGCUCCGCCCGGACCCCCAGCCCCGCCGCGACUAUCCAGUCCGUUCGCUGCUAUUCCCAUGGGUCACAGGAGACAGAUGAGGAGUUUGAUGCUCGCUGGGUAACAUACUUCAACAAGCCAGAUAUAGAUGCCUGGGAAUUGCGUAAAGGGAUAAACACACUUGUUACCUAUGAUAUGGUUCCAGAGCCCAAAAUCAUUGAUGCUGCUUUGCGGGCAUGCAGACGGUUAAAUGAUUUUGCUAGUACAGUUCGUAUCCUAGAGGCUGUUAAGGACAAAGCAGGACCUCAUGAGGAAAUCUACCCCUAUGUCAUCCAGGAACUUAGACCAACUUUAAAUGAACUGGGAAUCUCCACUCCGGAGGAACUGGGCCUUGACAAAGUGUAAACCCCAUGGAUGGGCUUCCCAAGGAUUUAUUGACAUUGCUACUUGAGUGUGAACAGUUACCUGGAAAUACUGAUGAUAACAUAUUACCUUAUUUGAACAAGUUUUCCUUUAUUGAGUACCAAGCCAUGUAAUGGUAACUUGGACUUUAAUAAAAGGGAAAUGAGUUUGAA